UUCAUAUUUUUUCAGUAUAAAAAAUUUUUAGUUGUUUUAAUUCAUUUCGAUAUAUUUUAAUUUUACAAUUAAUACUUUAGUUGGACAUUGAGAGUCUAACUUUUGCCUCUAGAAUCACCAUGUGGCCAGAAACAGAGAAAGCACAAGUUGAGAAUAGACAUGAAAUUGUUCUUAGUGGAAAAGAUAUAAGUGCUAGAAUUGCAAAAGAUGGAAUAGAUGCAUCAAUCUUUCAACUUGUUGGCUUGAAUUAUUUGAAUAUUAGUGAAACAAAUUUAUUCCAUGUUCCAGAUGAAAUAGAGAAUCUGAUUAAUUUACAGAGUUUAGUAUUGCAUUCUAAUGACCUGAAAACAAUAAAUAAAAACAUCACAAAAUUAAGUAAACUUAAGAUGUUGGAUUUGUCCAGAAAUGCCAUCCAAACUAUUCCAGAAGGAUUCGCUGAUUUGCCUCUUGCGUCACUUAAUUUGAGCUUUAAUGAACUUGAAUCAUUCCCUUCAUUCAUGAAAAAUAACAAAUUAACUAUUUUGGAUUUGUCAUAUAAUAAACUCAAGGAGUUUCCUGACAUUUGUUCUGAAGAACUCAUUAACUUAUCAGAAUUGAAAUUAAUAGGAAACGAAAUCCAAGAAAUAUCGAACAAAAUCUACCUAUUAUCUGCACUCAAAGUAUUUGAUAUCAGUUCUAAUAAAGUAAAAAUAAUUCCUGGAGAACUGGGGGAUUGUCGCAAACUAAAAGAAUUAAAUUUGAAAUCCAAUCCAGUAUCUGAUCGCAGACUCCUGAAAUUGAUCGAUCAAUGUAAAUCAAAACAAAUUUUGGAUUACAUUAGGCAACAUUGUUCUAAAACAACUUCAACGCUGGACCAACCUAAGAAAAAUGUGAAAAAGAAAUCGAGUGACGAAUCUGAUGAGGAAGACUCUAACUGCAAUAACAAAUACACCUUGAAAGUAACACAUGCUGAUGAGAAUUUUAAGGUAAUUAUUAUGAAUGCUGUUAAAAAUGUGAGAGAACAUUUUGUAGCCUGCAUUGUUGAUGUAAAAUUCACAGAAGAGUUGUUCAAGAAAUUCAUCCAGUUACAAAAUAAACUUCAUGAUACAGUAUGUGAGAAACGAAAUUCAGCCACGAUAGCUACACAUGACUUCAAUAAGUUCCCACCAGGUAAUUUAACUUACACAACUUCUCCACCUGACAAGCUACUCAUAAAACCUUUGAAUAGAGCCAGUCCAAUGACUGGUGCUCAGCUAUUUAACAAAUUACAAACAGAGGCCAACAAUUUGAGAAAGGAAAAGAAGCGAAAUACCUAUAGUGGAAUCCAUAAAUAUCUCUAUCUUAUUGAGGGAAAACCUCAGUACCCAUGUCUCUUAAACAUGAAAAAAGAAGUUAUUUCUUUUCCUCCCAUAACUAAUUCGGAUAUUUCAAAGAUUGAAGUCACAACAACAAAAAUUUUUAUUGAAGUAACUAGCUCAGUAUCCCAAUUUAUAUGCAAAAAGGUUCUAGAUACCUUGUUGAAGGAUAUGGUAAUCCUUUUUGAUGACAGUUUGGAAGUUCAGCAAGUAAAAACAACUGACGUCGAUGAACAUUUGAAAACAGUGUAUCCUUCAAAGGUUGAUCUUAAUUUUGAAAAGGAUAUUUCAAUAAAAGUAAUACGGGAAAAAUGCUGAUGAAAGUAACAUAUUAUGAUGUAACAAGUUAUAUUUCCUAUUCAGAGAGCAUGUGCCCUUUUGGAAUGUUGAGAUAUUCACUAAUACUAUUGUUUACAAGUUAUGGAAUAUCCUAAUAGGUUGAGUUUGUAAAAUAUUUUUGAAACACUUUUUUUUUGGAUAUCUCAUUCUAAUUUUUAUUUAUUAUGGAAUAAAUGUAUUGUUUAGUAAAA